GGCCCCUCCAUGCCGGUCGUCCGGAGCUGCGCCGCCCACCACAUCAAGGCCGACCAUGCCCCUGGAGGUUGGAGGAGGCCUUGGGAAUGGAGAUGGUGAGAGCGGUAUCCUGUUGCUGGCAAGGCAGACCAUGGACAGCGCGAGGAAGAUUUGGUCAUUUGCCCGAUGUGGCAAUGGACAUUUGAUUAAUGACCAAUUGGAGGCUCUACGGAUGAAGAUCACGGAGAACAUCCCUCUUCCUUUACAUCUAAAAUUAAACUUACAAGUGGUCGAUUCGCGAAGUUCAAGUGUUUAUCAAAUUGAAUACAAGGGUGAUUAG